GAGUGUGGUGCGCAGGGCGAGAUGUUGUUUUGUUGUGGCGAUCAGCUGAACGUGGCGUCGUUGUCCGGUCUGACACAACAGUGGGAAGCACCGCGGGCCCCCCCGGCUCUGCCCCCCGUCCCCCCCCAGCACCGACACGGCUCCGGGGCGGCUGCUGUGCUCGGCGCAUCGCGAUCCAGGAAAUGCGGCGGACUUCUGGCUCUUUCGCCACGGGAUACAUGGCUGCAGCGCGCCGCCUGUAGCGAGCUGAGCCUGUGAAGCGUCUCCGAGGGGGAAGACCAGACUGCUCUGUCAGACUCAUUCUGAAGCUGAACGACUAACACGCUCGACAAGCAACAAAGGAGAUGCAGAGAAGACCUUGGGAGGGCUGUUAGAAUGGCUGAGGCCAGACGGGAGCAGAAAAGCUUUGUACAGAGAGAUGGCCCAUGUUUACCUGUAUCCAUACAGCUCUAGGGCACUUUUUAAUGAUGCCUCAUUUGGUCCUCUUGAAUAACUUUUGGCCAAAACUGAAAAAGGUCACUCAUUUUGAUUUGCAACUCAGUCUGUCAAGGUUCCUCCGCCUCUGACCUCUCUGCUGCUAUGCGGUUAGACCAAUGAGGCUCCGAGAGCCCUUUGUUACUCAUCUGUGAGGCCUCCUCCCCACUCUAUGGAGGCUGAGCCCAGCCAUUCGGCUGAUGGGGAUCGCUCAGGACGGCAAGAGCAGCAGCAGCAUGUGACAGCUGAAUCUUCAUUAGGAUCUUGUCCACCUCAGCAGCCCCAGCAGCCCCCGAAUCCUCGGCCAGUACACAGAGCGUUGGGACGCUUACAAAAUCGCCAACCCAAACGCACUGACCUUCUGCUUCGGCUACAGCAUCAGCAAGCGGUAGCAUGGCAACACUCAGACAGCCAGGGUCCCUCAGGAGGCAGCUUUUUCUCCAUGGCCUCACAAUCAACUUCACCCCUCCCCUCUACUUCCUGCACCCAGGGUGAGGGUCCCGGGGUCCCAUCUCAAUCCAGCCAAGAGAGCCAAGAAGUGGUGAGCUCACCCAGAAAGGGUGAAAAGAAGCCACAAAAACCAGGAAAAUAUGUCUGCACUUUCUGUGGCCGUCCGUGUGCCAAGCCCAGCGUUCUUCAGAAACAUAUACGCUCACAUACAGGAGAGAGGCCCUACCCCUGUGCCCCUUGUGGCUUUUCUUUCAAGACCAAGAGCAACCUGUACAAGCACCGCAAGUCCCAUGCUCAUCGCAUCAAAGCAGGUCUGGCGUCCAGUCGCGAUGAACCCAGUUUGAGUGGACCCGAGGCCAGUGUUGUUGGGGAAGAUCCUGAGGAACACACGGAGGGAGAAAGCACCGAGUCUGAGGAGGAGACUGGCCAACAUAGAAAAUCAUUCUCUAAGGAAAUGCUUGUCCAACAGAAAAAAGGAGGAAAGGAGCGGCCGGGAGGGUCAGAGCACAGCCAGAGGCCGGAGGACUCCCAGGCUGUCAAACAAAGACUGGCACUGAGACUUAGUGAAAGAAAGCGUGGCCCCAUGGCUUCUCCUGAUGACCCACCUUCCUCCCUUUCCACCUCAUCUUCUUCUUCUCUCGGCCCUGGUAGUAAGGGGAGCACAGAGUCUGGCUACUUUUCUGGAUCGGGCAGCACUGACCUGUCCCAAGUUAGUCCCCCCAGUUCCAGUGCCAAAACCUACGCAGAAAUUAUUCUUGGGAAAUAUGGAAGGUUGGGAGGACAGCAGCGCAGUCCGCACCAACAGCAGCCUCAUUCUUCACAUUCCUCAUCCUCAGGAACAGAGGAUAAGAGCAUUCCUUUUGCUGUACCCAAAACUCAAGUCAUAGAACACAUUACCAAGCUCAUCACUAUCAACGAAGCCGUAGUGGACACCAGUGAAAUUGACAGUGUUAAGCCUCGUCGCUCGUCCCUCUCCAGGAAAAGCAGCUCAGAGUUGCCUAAAUUUGCAACCCCUAAGGAUCCCUACACACUUGAUCCUACAGGAGGAUCUGCAGGCCCCAGUAGUUUGAGGCAGCUUCAGAGUCCUGAGGUAGACCCACAAAGUACACAGGAGCUGUCCACAGUGCCUCUUCUCAGAAGCCAUUCUAUGCCAUCAUCUACCAGCCAAGAAGAGUCCCUCGCCCCAGGUACUAUGUCUCCCAGAGGUUUCCGCCUCUGCCAGUCAUUUGAUGAGCAGCAAGCUGUGGUGGCAGAGAUGAGAGUUGGCCAUGCUCAGCGGAUGCUUCGGCGCCAGCCGGCAAUAGAAGUUCCUUUGGGAACUGAGAUGUUAGAGGACACUAGUCUAACGUCCUCUUCAGCCACAGACACUGAACUAGGCAGGCAGCCCCUUCAUCAGCCAAUGCAUAAGAUUCCCAGCUUAUUUGAAUGUGGAGCAUGUGGGGCCCACUUUCAAAACACUGAAGGCCUGGAGGCCCACAGAAGCAUCUGCCGAGGACAGGAAAAAGAGAGUAGCGAUACAAGUAAAGCGACCCGUGAAGAUCGCCCCCUGAUGAUGCACUAUAAAUUUCGAGCACUAGCAAUGGCUGUGAGGAAGAGGAGGAAAGAGGAAAGCCUGGAAGAGGAUCCUCCCAGCCCUGGAUCUGUAGCUACGUCAGGCAGCUUUGCAGGCCUCAUUCCAGUGCCAAGCAGGCAAGAGCACAGCCAGACCCUUUCAGGUGUGUCUUCACAGACUGAGCCAAAUCAACAGCAGCAGCAGCAGGAGAGGAAAGGUGUGUCUGUCAUCCAGCAUACUAGCUCUUUUGAGAAGCAGGAGAGCAUAUCUAUGGAAAGUCAAGAGACGGACCUCAGAGAGAGUCAGCAAACACAACAACCCCAGCCAAAACCAUCACCCUCUACAUCUCGCCUCAUCCGCCAGCCAAACAUCCAAGUGCCAGAGAUCCUAGUUACUGUGGAGCCUGACGCUGACAUGCCAUCUGUGUCACCCCCAGUGACGGCAUCUUUAUCCAAGGAGGCAGAGAGAGUGGAGGAGUUCCAAUGGCCUCAGCGUAGCCAGACUCUGGCCCAACUCCCUGCAGAGAAGCUGCCACCAAAGAAAAAGAGACUCCGCCUGGCAGAAGUUACUCAGUCCUCGGGGGAGUCUAGCUUUGAAUCGAUGUCUCUGCCGCGCAGCCCCAGUCAAGAAAGCAACAUCUCCAGCCUCUCCGUUUCUUUUGAGGAUCCAGCACGGUCCGAGCUGGCCAUCAGGGCCUCCAGUAGCCAAAGUUCCCAGAUGCUGAUGGUUCCAUCUACUUCUCACCAACAUCACCAAACACACAAGGAAAUGAGGCGCUCAGCCUCAGAGCAAACCCCAGCUAGCCCACAACAAACUGAACAAAGCUCUGAGACCAGAAGUAAGUCUUUUGAUUAUGGAUCCUUGUCUCCUCAACAGCCUGCAUCCUCCUGGAAAGAAAGGAGAAAGUGUCUUCUGGUGAAACAUCCCACUUUAGGGGAACCUGAACAGGACGUUGGGGGCAGUAUGAGUCAUCUGUCCAGAGCAGAUAGUCCAAAGCCUGGUCCUUCUCAUUCCAGCCAUCCUCCCCCUCCUCCCUGCUCCCCUGAAGGAACACCCCAGUAUUGCCUGGAAACCACAGCAAAGGCCUUGCAGCUGCUCCAGCCACAAAUCUUGCCUCACUCUCAGGAUGUGCUUCCUCUGCAAUCCAGAGGCCACCAAGCAUUCCCCACAGGAUCCCUCACCCAGCUGCUCCCGGUCACCACAACCAUACCUGAAGCAAUGUCCACCCAAGUCGUCCACAGAGCUUUCUUACAUUCACAAGGAUCUCCACAUAUACAGAUACACCCAGCUCAAAUUCAUGUGGCAGAAAGGUUUGGAUUGCCUCUCCCCCAACUUUCCUCUCUUGUUCCAUUCCAGUUCUCUUCGAGUGCCAGAGCCAGUCAAGCUGUCUACUUGCCCAUUCCUCCGAGACUGACUACACAUUUUCCCUCCCCUGCCACUGCAGAAGGCAGACCCUUCUCUUCAUUGUCUUCUGCCCUGACUCAUCAGUCUCUUGUAGCCAUCUCCUACCAGCACCCACGGCCUGUCAUUGCCACAUGUCUUGCACAGCUUACACCAGUUGUGUCCCUUAUGGUGCCAGUGCGCCUCCAGACUCACAUACCGACAUAUGCCAAUGCCAUGUACACCACCCUGUCCCAGAUUUUAACCUCCACUCGCUCACAAGAGCCAACUGCUUGCACAGCUAUGGUCAUUGUGAGUCAGGUGGAGGGAGACAAACUGCAGAGGACCUACUUAAAGGUCCCUUCCCCGGACAUCAAGAGUCUCCUACCGCUUUCUCUGCCCACAGAGCUGGCCUCUGGCUCUGAAGAGGGAUAUGGUCCACUGGGGGCAGGAGGGAGUAAACGCAUGCUGUCACCUGCAGCCAGUCUGGAGCUCAGCACAGAGGCCCAGCGUCACCAGAAAAGGGUAAAAGAGGAAGAGGAGGGAGAACAGUGUAAAGCUGGAGAGGAGAAGGAGGAGGUGGAGGAGGUGGAAGCAAAGGUAAGCCCAGAAGAGGAAGGUAAAGCCACCAGGGAAAAACUGGAAGAACGGGAGAAGAAACAAACGGAUGUUGUCCAAGUGACAACAGUAAAAGUGGAGGACCAAACACCGAGGAAAAAUAUGAAAGAUGAGGAUGAGGAGCACAAGAAAUCAUCUGAGACAAGUAAAAAAGAAGAGGAGGUAGUUGAGAGACCGAGCGCCCCUUCAUACCCCAGUCUCCACACUUCCACCACAGUCAACUGGUGCUACCUGAAGUAUGUCAAACCCAACCCGUCUGCACAGAGAGACCCUCGCAACUCAGUUUAUUCUACCUGGAGCACCAGCUCACACAACCCCAACCUGCCAGGCCUCAGUACUAAAGUGGCCUUGUCUCUACUAUGCUCUAAACAGAAGCACAGCUCCGAGACAUACACCAUGGCCACAGCUCAAACAUCAGCCAAGAGUAAGCUAGUCCCUGGAAGUAGCUCGAUCCCACGUGUGUCAGAGGUACAUGCCACCUCACCCAGCUCCCUCACUGAAGUGAAGGAUCAGCAGCCUCCUAAACAGGAGGAAAAGAAGGAGAAGAAAGAGGAGCCGGGCCCGUCCACCUCCAAACACAGCGAACCCUCUCGCGUUCGCAUUUUUGAAGGAGGGUAUAAGUCCAAUGAGGAAUAUGUUUAUGUGAGAGGUCGUGGCCGGGGAAAGUACAUUUGUGGAGAGUGUGGCAUCCGCUGCAAGAAGCCAAGCAUGCUGAAAAAGCACAUCAGAACACACACAGAUGUCCGUCCAUACGUCUGCAAACACUGCAAUUUUGCCUUCAAAACCAAAGGAAACCUUACAAAACACAUGAAGUCAAAGGCACAUGGGAAAAAAUGCCAAGCGAUGGGAGUCUCUGAGUCAUCUCUGGACGAGCCGGAGAGCGAGGAAACAGGAAGUGACGAUCGCGUGUGCGGCUCAGAGGAACAGGAGGAACACCAGUUCUCCGACGUGGAGGAAUCUGACGACGACGACGACAACGACGAUGACGAGGACGACGAGGAAGAGGAGUCCGCAUCUCACGAAGACCCGCCGUCCUCCUGUUCAUCGGACACCCACCUCUCCACAGGCGGGCUGUCCAGCUGUAGCAGACGCUCCAAGCGGGCCACUCCAGACCCCGAGGCCCCGGGGCCCGGUCCCAGCCAGGAGCCGUCCCCCCGAGGAGUUUGGCCCGGCCGCCGCGCCCCCUCGCCGGGCAGCAGGAGGGCGCUGUUCUCCCGGCGGGGCUGGAAGGCGUCUCCGAGGGCCUUCUCCCCCAGCAGCGAGAGCUGCUCCCCCAGCCGUAGCCUCUCCCCGCGCCUGGAGCUGUCCUCGCCCCUCCACAGCCUCUCCCCCAGAACUGAGCUGUCCUCGCCCGGCAGACACGUUUCCCCCUCCCCUGAGAGAGGACCGUCUCCCAUCAGACCCCUGUCCCCCGUUCGUCCAGUCUCACCCAGCUACUACCGGUCGUCACAAGCCCGGGCCUCUCCCUCGCCGCUGGGGCUGCAGCCCAGAAUGCUGGGAUACUUUCCCUGGGAGAGCCCCGGUACGACGGGGGGUCACAUGAAGCUGGAGAGAAGCGGUACAUCAGGCGAGUGGCCCUCCUCAGAAACGAGCCGCUUCCCUUCUGCUUUCCGUCCUUCGCCCACGGAGGGAUACCCCGGCCACCAAGCAGCAGACAACAUCUUCAGCCACCUGCCCAUGCACUCCCAGCAAGCCAAGGUCCCAUAUCUGAUGAUCCCAAUCGGCGGGAUCCAAAUGGUACAGGCCAGACCGCGGUCCCACCCCACCACCCCCUCCUCCCCGACGUCUCCCCCGCUGGAGGGACCCUCGCUGGCCAGGUUCGAAUCGUACUGGGGCGGGACCCCCAGGACUCAAGGGCUUCGGACUCCUGGGGACCAGCGGGCAGCCGGAACCAGCCAGUCAGGGCGGCAUGGUCACAGCACAGCGCCGACUCUCUCCAGGUCGGAGUCGGAGACCGCAGACUCGAAGCAAUAUGGCAGCUCGCACAGCUCCGUCCGCGCCCACCGGUCCGCCGCCGAGACCGCCGAACGCUGCCCCGGAGUCAGUCGUUCGAGAGCACCCCUCAGCAGGGCGGCCCCCGUAGCCUCGUGCGUCGGUGAAGAAGAAGAGCCGCCGCCGCGUGACGCGUCGGAGGAAGGCGCGAAAGGAGACUCAGCCAGAACCGACCAGAGCACUUAGCAGUGUCUUCACCUUCUGAUGCACCUUCGCAUCUCAGUUUGCUUUAUUGGUUGCUACACAAGUCUUGAUUUGUUUUUAUUGCUUUGUUUUUGUUUUUAUACAGUUUUCAAUACCAUUGUUAACUUAAAUGUUUGUUCUUUGGCAAUAUUCAGGUUGUUAUAAAAAAUGCACUUUUUUCCAUUGUGAAAACAAUGUUUAUGUAAAUCUCUAUAUAAAUUAAAUAUAAAUAUAUCUAUAUGAAUAUAUCCCUCCUGUAUCUGCAUUGAUACCGGUAAUCUUAAUAUCUGUUAAAAGAAUUGUAAAAGGAAUUUAAAUAAAUUUGUGAAUGACCAAAAUCUUUCCAUCAAAAAUAAUUCCAUUUUUUUUUUUGUUUGUCCAGUAUUACUCAAAAUGUAGUUACUUGUGCCUUUUCCGUCCAGGUUUGUGUUUUAAGAUGUACAAAUAGACAAAGAGAUGGCUGUGAAUUUUUUUUUUUAUCUGCUUUCGAGCGUUCUUCUUCGGGAGGCUUCAUACUUGGUGUUUUGAUUGUUUUCUUUGGAAAAGGCCACUGCUUUACUGCCGGGUGAGUCUCAUUGUUCAGAUACUGAAGGAGCAGCAGACGCUUGUCAACAGAAAUGCACUGAAGUUCUAUUUUUCUUACAAAAGAUUUUAGAUUAGAAUGUAUGUUUGUACAGGGAAGAGCGCUCCUUAUUUAUUGUUAUUGACGACAAUGAUAAUUGUUUUAAAGUUCUUUUUUUUUUUUUUUUUACUUUUUGUUAUUGCAAAAAAGUCUUUUUGUUACAUGUAUGUGUCUUUUUCAUGAUGUUCUUAUAACUUGAACUGGUGACAAAGAUGAGAGGAGGUUGAGUUUUACUGAUCAGAAGAUCAAAGUGCCCUGCAGAUUUCACACAGCAAAAUUUCUAGUCAUUGAAGAAAUAAAACAGAAAACAAACUAAACGCUGA